AUGCUUCUCAGGAGAUAUCUACAAUCUAUGGAGAAGUCUAUUGGUCAGUCAAGACCGGAUACACCAAAGUCGAAUCAGCCAGUGAGCGUCGAUGUUGAAGUGCAAACUGAGGAUGGAAUGCAUCGUGAGGGGAAAUUUUACCGUGGGCGUGGACGAGGACAUUGGAGGGGUGGCGUUCGCGGCGGCCGACCAUUCAAACGUCGAAUACGUGGAGAUGCUGGACCAUGGAACAAGCGACGGCGGUUUGGUUAUACAGGUACCGUUGAUGACUUUCCGUAUCUUCAUGGUGGCAACAGUAAGGAUCCGUUAAAUUUAAAGUCGGUGAAGCCAGUCGAUGAAGCAGAAAAUAUGAAACCAGUCGACAUCAUUAUACCUAAGAAUAUUCAUGAUCCUUUAAAUCUACGAAAUGUCAACAAAAAUCGUGCUAGGAGAAAAAGACGUAAUAGCAAACUGACAGAAAAAGAAGAAGUUGAGGGCAGUAGCGAAAGCUCAUCCAAACAACGUGGGAGCAUUGCUGGUGGCAUAAACGAAAAAAGACAAGAAGAUCCAAUUGUGUCACCAGUACCUCUUUCAGUCGUGAGGAAAUUUUGCGGGAAUUUAUCCAAAAGGCUAGUGCAUCAGAAAAUUGAAAAAAGAGGACGAAAAGUGCACGACAGCACUGAAAAGCAGCAGUCUGGAGUGGUGGCAGGAACGAGUAGUUCACAAGCAGUUGAAAUAUGCAAAGUAGAAGAUGAAAAAACUGAGGAGAAAAAAUCAGAGAAAAAACACAAAGAUAAUCAAAGAUUUCGAUAUGGUAAUUAUACUCGAUAUUACGGAAGUCGCCUUGAGAAAGGUAGCUCCCGCGAUCCGCGGAUGAAAGUAUUGAAGAAGGAAUGGUUCGAAAAGAAAUCGGUUUUAGAUAUUGGUUGCAAUGUUGGCUAUUUGACUCUUUCAAUUGCUAAAGAAUAUCAGCCAAGGAACAUCGUUGGCAUUGAUAUUGACGCUCAUUUAGUUGGUGUGGCCCGAAAGAAUAUACGUCACUAUUGUGACAACGAUAUACCUAUUGUUGGUGGUUUCCCAGCAUCAUUUGCCCAACGCUAUGGGCCAGUUUCUGCACCAUCUAUAACUGUUUCAACCAAAUUUCCCGAUAAUAUAUGGUUUCGCUGCGAAAAUUAUGUGUUGGAAAAGGAUGAACUGCUUGAUGCGGUGAAAGAAGAAUAUGAUGUUAUCAUGGCGUUAAGUAUCACUAAAUGGAUUCAUUUGAACUGGGGAGAUGCUGGAAUCAAACGUUUCUUCAAACGUGUUUAUCGACAUCUUCGCCCUGGUGGUCUGUUUAUUUUGGAAGCACAAAGUUUUGAAACUUAUAAGAAGCGAGCGAAACUAACGGCAAGUUAUAA